AUGAAAGAAAGAAUGAAAAUAGAACAAAUUCAUACAAAACAACUAUUAAGAGAACGGCGUCUUUUAUUUACCAAAGCCAAAUUAAAAGCUGUUUCACGUACAAGUGCUCUACUAUCUGGUUUUGCUAUGGUUGCUAUGGUGGAAGUGUCAUUAGAUGAUCAUAAACAAUCGAAAGCAUCAGUACCUUUAGUUACCACCUAUUCAAUACUAACAUGUCUUGUAGUGGGUGUACAUCUUUUAGCUUUGAUGAUAAGUACAUGUAUAUUACCACUAGUAGAAUCUGGUGAUCUUCUUGUUUAUGAAGAUUAUGAAACAAUGCAUAUAUAUGUUGAACUUGCCUGGGUUUUAAGUACUGGAUUUGGAAUAUUUUUAUUCCUAUUAGAAAUUGCUGUUGUAUGUUGGGUGAAAUUUUUUAUUUUAAUGCGUCCAGCAGCUAUUGCAGCAACAAUGAUUAUUGUGCCAGUUAUUAUAUUAUUUUCUAUAUUUUCAUUACAUUUUUAUCGACGUAUUGUAGUGCAUAAAUUAAGUCAUCAUAAGAAUGAAUUAGAUCAAAUUGAAAUUCAAUUAACGACUGUAAAACCUUCAAUAGUUAAUAAUAUUUGA